UGCUCCUUCAGCUCUUAUCUUUAUAUUCGAGUAAGUUGUUUUGCUCUCGUGGUUUAACAAAAAAAGAACAACAUAAAAAUCUUUGCCCACGAUCGUGCGAUUGAAGAAUUUUAAUGCCCUUUAUUUGUGAUUGUGAAAGCAGUGAUAAUUUUAUAACUUUUUUGUAUGUAGGUAUUACAUGUAGGGCAAUCUGUCUCUAAGUAGGGAUAAACUACUCUAAAAGAAAUGGAUCCUAGGGGCGCCUGGGUGGCUCAGUGGGUUGAGCUUCCGACUUCGGCUCAGGGCAUGAUCUCACGGUUCGUGAGUUCAAGCCCCACAUCGGGCUCUUUGCUGACAGCUCGGAGCCUGGAGCCUGUUUCGGGUUCUGUGUCUCCCUCUCUCUGACCCUCCCCCAUUCAUGCUCUGUCUCUCUGUGUCUCAAAAAUAAACACUAAAAAAAUUUUUUUUAAAGAAAUGGAUCCUAGAUAGUUUUCCCUUCAAGUCAAGGCAUCUUGUUGUUUAAAUAAACUUCUUGUUUAAAAUGAAAAAAAAAAAGAAUUAAGCAAAUACAUGACUCCACCCACUUUGGUGGAGACACUAUGGAAAAUCUAUUGCAUCAAGUAUUCAGAGGAAAGAAUCUAACCAAGACUAUAAGAAAAGUUACCAGAGCAUGUGAGAUUUGUGUCAAAAAUGACCCAAGGUCCAAUCCUAUGCCUUUCCUCUUGAUUAAGCCAUUUGAACAUACAAACACUUACCCUGGGGAAGACUGGCAAAUUGACUUCACUCAAAUGCCACCCUAUCUGGGAUAUAAGUAUCUGUUGGUUUAUGUGAGUACAUUUACAGGGUGGGUAGAGGCCUUCCCUGUAGGAUAGAAAGAGCUUUAGAGGUUUCUAAGACCUUUUUGAAGAGGUGCCUGCGUGGCUCAGUCCGUUAAGUGACUUCAGCUCGGGUCGUGAUCUCACAGUUCGUGAGUUUGAGCCCUGCAUCAGGCUCUCUGCUGUCAGCACAGAGCCUGCUUCAGAUCCUCUGCCUCCCUCUCUCUGCCCCUCCCCAGCUUGCGCUCUCUCUCUCUCUCAAAACUAAACAAAUAUUAAAAAAAAAAAAAAAAAAAAAAGACCUCAUUAAAGGAAGUCAUACCUAGGUUUGGACUUCUCCAGAAUCUGCAAAGUGAUAAUGGCCCCUCUUUUGCUGCUAAAAUAACACAACAAUUAUCAGUAACUCUAGGGAUCUGCUAUCAACUCCAUGCCUCAUGUAGGCCUCAAUCCUCAGGAAAAGUGGACAAAAUGAACCAUAUCCUUAAACGAACUCAGGCAAGACUCUGCCAACGAACUCGUGAAACAUGGUAACAGAUGUUACUGAUGCUUUGCUAAGUGGUUCCAAGGAGGAGUCUUAAAUUGGGCCCCUUUAAAUUAAAAUAUGGAAGACCUUUUCUCACUGCAGCUCUAUGGUUUGCUGAGGAAACCAACCAAAUUUUAAAAUAUAUUAGUAGUCUGGGUAAAGUACUAGUCUCUCCAAAAGCAUGGAAAUAAAAUACUUCUAUAUCCCACUGAAGACAAGCAGUCUGUGCCAAUACUAGCAGGAAGGUACCAUUCAAAACAAGGAAAAGGGGGUCAACUGAAGAUCAGCUCGAACCACGGUGGGAAGGGCCCUGUCAAGUUUGACUCAGCACCCCCACAGCAGUAGAGUCAAACUAUCUCCAGCUGGGUUCACUUGUCCAGAAUCAAACCUAUCUCUCCUGAGUCUUUACAGGAGCCAACUUUGAUACCGCUUCCAAGGGAAGAAGGAGACACAUAUGCCUGUGAGUCUGUCAACGAUUUAAAAUAUCUUUUCAAGAAUAUACCUGCUGCAGUGUCUACCUGAAGCUCCUAGCACCUACCCAUUCCUGAGAACCCGAGGAAGAACCCCAAGUUGCUGCUCUGAAGGACCAAUAAGUAAGGCUCGAUGAAGCUUUUAAAAUCUUUCACUUUUCUGAGUUUACUCUUUCCGUAUCUAGCUCUAGGGAAAUUAAACGGCCCCAAUUUAUUUUUGCAAUGGGCUCAAAACUACGCUGAUAAUUUACAGAAAAGUUCCUGCUGGAUUUGUGGCCUCCUCCCUUUAUCCAGUACCUCAGGCCUCCCUUGGUGGGUUUCUCCUUUGCAAGGCACAGACUGGCAUUACUUAUGCCAAUACAUAGAAGAUAUGGUUUUCAGCCCAAAUACGAGCAUAUAUAGUGACAUCUCUAUCACUAACAGAAAGGUUUCUUAUUGGCCUAUGGUAAAUACCACCUGGAAUUCUCCAGGCCAUGAAAGACCUUUUUCCUACACCCAGACUGCCAAAAUCAUGAAUGAAUAUGCCAACGCUAAUAUUGAAAAUAAACGAGCAUUGUGGGGAACAAUUAAGCCUAACAAUAUGAGAUAUACUGAUGAUGGCUAUUUUCAAGUAUGGGAUGAAUUUAUGUGGCUUACUCCUACCAUAGGUCACUUAAAUCAGAGAGCUCUUUUGUGUUGGGAGCAAAGAAAUCAUACCUAUGAUGCCUGGCCUAACAGUACCCGUGAAUUAGGAUGGCUCUCCCAAAAAGACUGUACCCAUACCAUUGUUUUACAAGCAACUGACUGGUUUGCCACUGACUGGUUCAGACGGCCAAGCAUCAGGUGGUUGGCGCCUAAUGGAACUCAGUGGCUGUGUGGUGCAAAUUUGUGGCCCUGGCUACCUCCUGGAUGGAUAGGGCGCUGUACCCUGGGCUUUCCCUGGAUGCAAGGGAGUUGGCAUAAAGAAAUACCGAAGCCUGCAAAUUAUCCCUAUCUACUUCAUCGCUGGACACGGUCAGUCUUCCACUGGUAUGAUCACCUGUUAAGUAUUUUCGUGCCUCAACUGGGAAUAGAAGACAUAAUAUGGCAUGUAGAGGCCCUCACAAACUAUACCACAAAAGCCCUUAAUGAUUCUAUGCGGGGACUGUCGCUGUUAAAUUCUGAAGUUACAUUAAUGAGAAAGGCAGUAUUACAAAACAGGAUGGCCUUAGACAUACUCACAGCAGCUCAGGGAGGAACCUGUGCUAUCGUUAAAACUGAAUGCUGCGUAUACAUCCCAGAUAGCUCAGCUAACAUAUCCGACGUUUUGGCUGACAUGCGCACCCAAAUUGAAGCAAUGUCUGACGCCUCUGGUUCCCUCAAUGAUUGGAUUUCUUCCUGGUCUAGUGGAGGUAUAUGGGCUUGGUGGAAAAAACUUCUUUUACUAGCAAUAGCAGUAGUUAUGCUAGCGUUUUUUCUCUGCUGUGGGGGCUACUGUUGUUGCAUGCUCUGCAUGAAUAUGUCAGAAAAAUUAUCAGAACGGGUGCUCUUUAGGAGCCAUUUUAUUCCCAGGUUGAAGCCUCACAUACACCUUUGACAAUCCACAACUAGGGGCCCUUCAUUUAAUUGGGAUUUUUAUACCUCCCAGUAGGUAGGGUCUUCGAUCCCUUUCAGCCUGAAGAAGCUACAGAAGACGAGACCUUCACCCUUCAACACCCCUUAAGAAUAAGGAGGAUAAAAAUCCCAUAGCAGGCAAUGAGACAAGGAAACCGAAGGGAUACCAUGAGAAAAAAGUUGGUUUUCUUUUUCAUUUUGCUUUUUUUCGGGCUUCUGUUCUUGCUAGGACCUGCCCUGCCUUAAUGUAUGUCCUCCUUGUAAGGCACAGAGUUAAUGAUUUCUUUGGAGUCUUCUAGCACAAUACAUAACAUCUAAGGAGUGACCAGGCGAGGCCAUUAUGUGCAUAUGCCAGACCACUGUCACUGAAUACCUUGAUGCCAAGACCCCCCCGGCUCCAUGGAAUAAGUGAUUUAUGCUGGUCGCCUAGACCCUGUCUUCGUUCUGACCGGUUUGGGGAUGCCUGAGAAGACAUGUGCACCAGAUCCCAGUCGUCAAUAAAACCCAAGGCCCCAAGCAAAGACUCCCUCUUUUCCUUUCUGAGUCUCGCAGACACUCCGUGUGUAUCUGCUCUCUCUCCCUCCCUUCAAUAAACUCUGCUUUCACCUCCUGCUGGCUUGUGUUUGAUUUCCAUCCUGUGUGAAGCCAGGGACCCUCUUAGCUUAUCCUGUGGGACCCCUUCUGGGUCCUCAGGCCCAGGCUGCCUGCAUUAAUAUGAACUUAUACAUAAAAAAAUCCUGAAGACUCCACCAAACACCACUAGCGCUAACUAAUCAACCAAUUCGGUAAAGUUGCAGGAAACAGAAACCAACACAGAGAAAACAGCUGCAUUUCUAUACACUAGGAACAAAGCAUCCGAAAACAAUAAGGAAAACAAUCCCAUUUACAUUAAUAUCCAAAACAAUAAAAUACUAAAGAAUAAAUUUAACCAAGUGGAUGAAAGAUCUGUACACCGGUAAGAUUUUGAUGAACGAAACUGCAGAAGACACAAAUAAAAAAAUACCCCUAAUUCGUCAGAAGAAAUAACAUUGUUAAAAUGUCCUAUUACCAAAAGCCAUCUACAGAUGCAAUGUCAUCCCUGUCAAAAUUCCAAUGGCAUUUUUUACAGAAAUAGAAAAACCAAUCCUAAAACUUGUAUAGAGACACAAAAGAUCCUGAAUAGCCAAAGCAAUCUUGAGAGAGAACAACAAAGCUGGAGGCAUUACACUUCCUGAUUUCAAACUAUACU